CAAAUCAACCUCCGAUCCUCCAUAAAUAAAGCCACACAUGCAUAGACACCAUUGACUUACAACCUCUUUGUCUCACGGUAUCCAUGGCAUCACUCAACUCGGUAAAAAUUUUGGAGGUUUGCCAGGUUGCUCCAGCCAAAGAGUCAGGCGAGUCAGCCACAGGAUUAUCUCUCCCUCUCACAUUUUAUGAUGCAAGAUUUUUCAGAUCUCCUCCAGCUGAGCGUAUCUACUUCUACAAACUCACUGCCUCAUCCUCAACAUUUUUCCAUUCGCAAAUCCUUCCACUACUCAAACACGCACUCUCACAAACGCUUCUCCACUUCCUCCCUGUAGCGGGAAAACUCACUUGGCCAUCUCAUUCCUCCAAAACCAUCAUCGUCUACGCUCCCGAUGAUGCCGUUUCACUCACGGUUGCGGAGUCUUGUGCUGAUUUUAAUCGCUUGGUGAGCAAUGAAAUUCGAGAAGUAGCUGAGUCGCGGCCAUACGUACCCGAGUUGUUAGCAUCAGAUGCAAUGGCCUCUAUAAUUGCUUUGCAGAUUACUUUAUUUCCCAAUAAAGGGUUUUCCAUCGGCAUCGCUAUGAACCACGCAGCACUUGAUGGAAAGAGCGCUUCCAUGUUCCUCAAAGCAUGGGCUCAUUUAUGCAAACAAAGCGACAAUGGAAAAAUCAUCCCUUUAUUGCCGGAAUUAAUCCCAUCCUUUGACAGGGCAUCCAUCAAAGAUCCUGAUGGGCUCGAGCAAUUCUACUUGAACCAUCGGCGAGCCACGCCUGGAUUUGAUUCAGAGUCCAACCCCCGAAGUAUGAAAAUUUUGCCCAAUAUUCUAGGAGUAUCAACUAAUCUAGUUCGAUGCACGUUUCAGUUAAGCCGUGAAAGCAUCCAAAAAAUCAGGGAACAUGUACUGAGUUGCCACCAAAGCCACGCUGGGCUAAAGAGUAUGGAAAAUCUUCAUCUUUCAACCCUAGUGGUUACAAGUUCUUAUGUGUCAGUCUGCUUGGUGAAAGCUAGAGGAGGAGAUAGUAGUAGAAGAGUUUACAUUUUUGUGCCCGCGGACUGUAGGAGCCGCAUAGACCCUUCAAUUCCAUCUAAUUACUUUGGCAAUUGUGUUUAUGUCCUGUACACGGUUGUAGAAGCAGGAAUUUUGAUGGAGAAAAAUGGAGUGGCUAUUGCAGCAGAAAAGCUUAGCGAUUUAAUAAAAGGAUUAAAUAAAGGAGUUUUCCAAGGAGCAAAAGAGAGAGAUGGCAGGUGGAUGGCUGAAGGAGCAGAGAUGCAAAUGAUUGGAAUAAUGGGAUCACCUAAGUUCAAGUAUUACGAGGAGGAUUUUGGGUGGGGAAGACCUGAGAAAGUGGAGAAUUCGUCUAUAUAUAAGAUAACUGCUGUUUCGUUGAUGGAGGACAAAGAUGGGAACGGAGUUCAGAUUGGGCUGGUUUUGCCCAGACAUGAAAUGGAGGCUUUUGCUUCACUUUUUCUUCAAGGUUUACCCGUCCUGUAGUUGAGCCUCUCAAAAUUUUCUAUCUUCUUUCUUCACUUUAUUUUCAUUGAAAGGUUUGAAAUCAAAUUAAUCGAUUAUAUUGAAA